UUACACGGCUUGUGUAUUAUAGCCAGAACAGAGACUUGUCCAUGGUGUCCUGCCUUGAUCUGGAAGCGAUCGAAGACACAAGACUCUUUUGGGGGUGACCAGUGCAACAAGGUCGCUUUUAACUUUUCUUCUACAUCUUGUUCAGUAAUAGAUACCAUGUCAUAUCGACCCGUUAUCCUAGUGAUUCAGUUCUUAUGUCUGUUUGUCAAAACCAAUUUCUCACUAGGAACAGGAGGUGAUACCAUCUCUGCAAACCAAUCCCUGAGUGGGUUUUCAACCAUUGUUUCUGCAGGUGGGGUGUUUGUGCUAGGAUUCUUUAGCCCAGGUAACAACGAAAACUACUAUGUAGGCAUAUGGUACCAAGUGGAUCCGUCACGGAGUGUUGUUUGGAUAGCAAAUAGAGAAAAACCAGUCUCUUACUACUCCCAGCUAAGAAUCUCAGAUGGCAAUUUAGUUCUUUUCAAUGAGGCAGAAGCUUCAAUUUGGUCAACAAAUGUGAACUCCACAAGCUCGUCUGUUCAAGCUGUACUUAGGGAUGAUGGAAACCUUGUCUUAAUUGAUGGUUCCAAUCGAUUAAAAAUUUUAUGGCAAAGUUUUGAUCAUCCUUCCCACACCUUUCUACCAGGUAAUAAAAUUGGAUACAACAAUAUAACCAAAACCCACCGAGUUCUCACUUCAUGGAAGAAUUCCACAGACCCUUCCCGUAGCCUUUACACUUUUCAGCUAAACGAAACUGACAACUCGUAUAUCCUACUCUGGAAUAAGUCCAUAAGCUAUUGGAGUAGUGGACCUUGGAACGGACAUAAUUUUCGCUCAAUCCCUGGCACCCUUGAAGUUGUCUACAAUUUAAGGUUUGAAUCGAAUAAAAAUGAAAGCUAUUUUACAUAUUCUGUUAAAAACACAACGAUGAUAUCUCGAGUUUUCCUGGAUGUUUCUGGGCAGCUAAAGCGAUACAACUGGCUUUCUGCUUCUAAAAAAUGGGACUUCGGCGGGUCCCAUCCGAGUCAACAGUGUGAAGUUUAUUCAUUUUGUGGAGCAUAUAGCCUCUGCGAUGAGAAAUCGUUACCCUUCUGCCGCUGUUUAACAGGGUUCCACCCAAAGUUUCAGAGUGAAUGGGAUUUGAAGGAGUACUCAAACGGAUGUAUCAGAAAAACAGAAUUGCAGUGUCGUGAUGACAGUGCGGACAAAGUCGGGGGAGACAUAUUUCUUGAAAUCCCUUAUAUUACACUGCCAGAAAAUAAUCAAUCUUUACGAGCAGGGACCAUCCAAGACUGUGAAUCGAAAUGUUUACGUAUGUGCUCAUGCAUAGCUUAUGCCCACAACAGCAGUGGUUGUUCAUUUUGGACAGAAGAUCUCGUAAAUUUGAAGCAACUCAAUGCUCAUGACAGCAAUAGUAAAAGUCUCCACAUUCGGCUUGCAGCUUCCGAGUUUCAGGAUCAUAAAAACAAAACUAGCAAGUUUUUGAAGUCUAAGUUACUCCAUGUUAUGCUGGGAACCAUGGCUGCUGCUGUUCUCGUCUUAAGUAUUGCUUGUUCUGUUUAUUAUCAGAGAAGAAAAAAACAGACCAAAAGCCAAGGUGACAAGAAGAAAAUAUUGGAAAAACAGGAAGUUCUCUUGUAUGACACUGAGAAACAAAUUGCCAACUUUAUGAAGUUAGGCCAGUUCAGAGAAGAUGAAAGGAAAGGUAUAGAUGUGCCCUUUGUUGCUUUGGAAAGUAUAAUAGUGGCUACAGAUAAUUUUUCAGACGCAAACAAACUUGGUAAAGGAGGUUUUGGCUCUGUUUAUAAGGGAAAAUUUCCAGGAGGUCAAGAAAUUGCUAUAAAGAGGCUCUCAAGUGGCUCAGGGCAGGGCUUAGAGGAAUUUAAGAAUGAAGUCACGUUGAUUGCAAAACUCCAGCAUCGGAACCUUGUCAGACUUUUGGGCUAUUGUGUUGAAAAAGAAGAAAAAUUAUUACUGUAUGAAUAUAUGCCCAACAAAAGCUUGAACUCAUUCAUAUUUGAUCAAACACUUUGCGUGCGGUUGAAUUGGGAACUACGCUUUGAUAUCAUACUGGGAAUUGCUAGAGGUCUUCUUUACCUCCACCAUGAUUCAAGAUUAAGGAUUAUCCAUAGAGAUUUGAAAACAAGCAAUGUUCUAUUAGAUGAAGAAAUGAUUCCCAAAAUUUCUGACUUUGGUUUGGCAAGGAUUUUUGGAGGCAAACAAACUGAAGCAAGCACAAGAAGAGUAGUAGGAACAUAUGGUUAUAUGGCUCCGGAAUAUGCUUUAGAUGGUCUUUUCUCAAUUAAGUCCGACGUUUUCAGUUUUGGUGUUAUGCUUUUAGAAAUGGUAAGUGGAAAAAGAAACACAGGAUUUUACCAAUCAGAAGAAACCUUGAGCCUUCUAGGAUAUGCAUGGAAAUUGUGGAAAGAUAACAAGGUGUGGGAUUUAGUGGAUGCAACGUUAAGUGCGAGUUGCAAUGCAAAUGAAUUAAUGAGGUGUGUUAAUGUAGGGUUGCUGUGCGUACAAGAGGACCCAAGUGAUCGUCCCACCAUGCCAAACGUGGUCUUCAUGCUUGGGAAUGAAACAGCAAGUCUAUCAAAUCCUAAGCAACCAGCAUUUAUUUCGUGGAAAUCUCCUUUCACCUCUACCUCUUCUAGUAAACCAUUAUCAGUUAACGAACUAACAACUAGCAUAGUGCAAGGCCGAUAAGUGUAUGUUUUUUUUAGCGUGAAACUUCUUAUUAUCCAAGUUCCCUUUGUAAAACAAUUCAUAUCACACACAUAAUAUACUAAUCAAUUACUUCA